AUGGAGGCGACAUCAGAACCACCAGCGCAGUACUAUGAAAAAUCAGAGUUCAUCGAGACGCACACAGGCAACAAGGUCGGCCGCAAAUCCAUCUUGUGCGGCAGCCAAAACAUUCGACUGCACGGAAAGACGGUCGUGAUGCCAGGGGCAAUGAUUCGAGGAGACCUGGGCGCGGUGAACGUGGGUAAAUAUUCAGUGAUUGGGAGGAACGUGGUCAUUCGACCAGCCCACAAGCGAUACCAAGGUUCGGUGGCGUUCUUUCCCGUCACAAUCGGCGACUUCGUCCACAUCGAGGAGGAUUGCAUCGUGAGCGCCACUUCCAUCGGUUCCUACGUGCACGUGGGCCGCGGUGCCGUUCUCGGGAGACACAGCGUGCUGAAGGACUGCUGCUGGGUGGAAGAGGGCAGCGUGCUGGCGCCCGGCACUGUGGUCCCGCCCUUUACCAUCUUUGGCGGCUCCCCCGCGGUGCAGAAGGGCCAGCUUCCCGAGUGCUUCCAGGAGAUGCAAAAGGAGGCCAGCCUCAUCAACUACAACACAUUCCUACCCCAGCCCGAUGUCGUCGCUGCUCCCGCCACCACCAUCGCCACCCCCGCCACUGCGCUUCCAGCCAAGUGA